GCGCACAGACAGUGAGUUGAUCAUACUGCUAGUAGUACUAGUAGUAGUAGUACUAGUCGAUUUGACCCAAGCUGCAAGCAAGUGCGGAAACUAAAACAGUAAAAGUGAGGUCGGAGGCGAAAGUGCCUGUUGUCAUUUGUAAGUGUGGUGCUCGAAACCAUUGUAAACAAAAUGGAAAGAAGAGAUUUGAGAGCGCUCAGCAUCUAGUGCAGUGUGUGUUGCCUUCAGAAAGCGGCCACCAGAUGCAUGCAGCUGCAGGUGCGAACAUCUUGAACAACUGCGAGGGCUGCCAAGAGCGACUCGUUUCUGGUGCCCGUGGCUGGUUGCCGUCGAAAAGCGAAGCACUUAUCUGCAACCGCUGCCUGGAGAUUCAUUUUUUGUCAGCUUCAUCACCAUGAUCACUCAUCAGUGCCAGUGCGUGGAGUGCAUGCAGUGCAUGCAGUGCAUCCUGCACAGCGAGUGUCGCGUGCUGCUACCCAAUAAUCAUAUCCGCUGGCACGUGUGACAAGGUUCGAUCUGUGUAGAAACGGGUGUGCUGCUGCGCCUUCUUCCACAAUCAGGUUCCAUGGCAUAAAUUUUAGCGGCGGGAGAUCUAGGAGUGGUCGAUGCGCCGUUUCCACGAUAUUCCAUCCGCGACCAAGUCAGUCCUCGACUGAAACGGUUUGCAUCGGCAUUGACAUUGACGGCUCAGGAGAUGUCUCAGUGAGCUUUUUCGUUCAAAGGCCGCUGUGUUGGUCAGGCCAAGGCUGGGUAGCGUUUCAUGACUCUCGUAUUCAAUGAAAUGUAGUGUCAUGUGUGGAAACAGAAUUUGUUGUAGCUGCGAGCGACCUGUAGCUCUCUUUGCCGACCGCGGCAGAAGCUGUCCACGGUGGUGGCAUUUUUGCUGAGGCGAUUCCUGCGGAAGUCGCAGAGCAGCACGGCGGAUACUUGCGACGCUGCGGCUGUGAGCUGCGUCUCCGCACCAGCGGCGGUGAAAUAGUUCGCCAGGAGCGAACGCACAUCAACAUAGGUAUCGUGCUGAGCAGCAAGCGGCAGCGAUGCAGGAGGACAAGCGAACAGCCAGGACCAUGUCCUUCAACAAGGCUCAAUGGGACUUUCUGAAACGGACACAGGCAGCUGCGGCCGCCAAGGAGGAGGCAGAGAUGUACGAGCAGCCGGCAAACUUUGAGCAGGCAGUCGAGCGCUACACCGAAGCAAUAUCGCUGGAUCGCGGCAAUGCGCAGCUGUUUUGUAGCCGAUCGGCCGCCUUUGUCAAGGUUGAGAAGUUUCAGGAGGCACUUGCGGAUGCCGAGCGGGCCAUUGAGUUGCAACCGAAUUGGGCAAAGGCGUUCUUACGUCAAGGCCAGGCACUGCAAAGUCUACAGCACUAUGAGAGAGCAAUGGUGGCCUUCUCUCACGGACUGAUGUACGAACCGGCGAACACGCUGCUGCUCAACGCACUCAAAGACGUCACCAUGUUAUCGCCGUUGAAAGCCACGUUUGGACCGAUUCUGAGCCGCUUUGAGCACAUGGGCCUAGCCGACAACACCUUCAUCAUCACCAGCAUCAUAGGCCAAGAGAUGAACACUGCUGGGUCUUCGCAGACAGCGCUUCCCAUCUUGAAGGCAGCCGAGGCAGUCGGUACUGAUAACAACAAGCUGAUGCUGGCUCUGCAGGCUGCGCUGGGCACGGCGUAUUGGAGAAGUGGAGACCAUAACAAUGCAUUACGUCACAUGACACGUAGCAUGGACAUGGCCCGGGAACGAGAGGACCGGCCGGCCCAGUGCCGCGCCCAUGGCAGUCUCGGCUCAGCGUACAUGUCGCUAGGCGACCAUCGCCUGGCUACAAGCCAUUUCGAACAGCAGCACACGCUGGCUGUUGAGCUGGAUGAUGGGCCGUCAGCUGUCAGUGCGUUGAGCAAUCUGGGUUUGUUGCGAUCCUCGCAGUCCGAUCACAGAGGAGCACUGGUCUGCCAUAAGAAAGCGCACACGGUGGCCAAGAACCUUGGCGACGAACCUCUGCUGCAGGCACAGCAGCUAGGUCACAUGGGUACAUGUUACCAGCAGCUAGGUGAUUAUGAGAAGGCCGUAACGUGCCAUCAGAAACACUUGCAUCUGGCGCAGCGUCUCAAGUUACCAGCGGAGCAGUGCAAGGCAUGUGAAAAGCUCAGUUUGGCCUACAGCAGCAAUCUGAAUUUCAGUGCAGCCAUGGCGUCGUACAAACAGCUGCUGACGCUGGGUGUGGAGACCCGUGACCUGUCCGUGCAGGCAGCUGGCUACGGCGGACUGGCACAGGUGUGCCGGAGUACGGGCGACAACGAACGGGCGCUCUCCUGCCACAGCGAGCAGUUCAAGCUGGUCAAGCAGCUAUCCGACGUGCACACGGAAGCAGCCAUUCUCACCAGCAUGGGAACGCUCUGCUAUCAGCUGAGUCGCUACAACCAGGCACUGGCCUAUCACCGAGAGCAUCUGGCCAUCGUCAAGGAGCUUGGCGAUCGCGUUGCCGAGGGCUGUGCGUAUGGAAACCUGGGCAUCGUACACAAAGCGCUCGGCAAUAACGCGGAAGCAAUCAAGUUUCAUCUCUUGGAGUUGGCCAUAGCUUCGGAAGUUGGUGAUCGUUCCAGCGAGGCCAGUACCCACGGCAACCUGGGUAUCGCGUACCAGGCGGUCGGGGAUCACGAGCUGGCGGCCAAGCACUUCCACCUGCACCUGCGCAUGGCCGAAGAUCUCGGCGACGUCCUGGCUCAGUGCCGAGCCCUGAACAACCUGGGUCAGCACUGCAUGACUGGUGGCCAGCAUGCAAAGGGUGUACCCUAUCUGGAGAGCUGUCUCAAGCUUAGCGUGCAGCUGAAGGACCGCGCUUGCGAAUUCCGUGCUUGCAAUCACCUCGGACAGGCACAUCUGGCUCUGGAAAACCACGACAAGGCCAUCAUGUACUUUGAGCGUGUGUUUGACCUGAGCAAGGCACUGCAAGACAAGGCUGGCAUGGGUCGGGCAUGCAGUCGCCUUGGAGACGUCUUCAAGGCGAUUGGAGACGUGGAGAAGGCCGAGACGUAUCACAAGCAGUUGUUUGCGCUGUCGCAGCAGCUGUCCCAUGCCGUGGGGCAAUGUACGGCUCUGACCAACCUUGGAGAGCUGGCACUGGCCAGUGGCAAGCUAGAUCUGGCAGCUGAUUACUACCGUCAACUGCAGACGGUCGCUGAGCGGGAAAAGCAGGCAUCGUUUGAGGCAAUUUCUCACAGUGGCCAGGCUGCAGUGUGCAGGGAGAAAGGUAACUUCACGCAAGCCCUGGAGCAUUAUGAGUGCACACUCACUGCAUGCCAGGAGAGCUCUGACAAACGAGGCAUGGCAAAGGCACUGGGUCAUAUGGGUGACUCAUGGCUGGCCAUUGGAGACUUUGCCAAGGCGUCUGAGCAUUAUCAGCAGCAGCUGACCCUGGCCAAUGACCUGCAGGAUGCGCUGAUGGAGUGCCUGGUCUACCGCAGUCUUGGUCUGGCGCACAGCAAAGUCGGCGAAUACAGCAUGGCGGCGGAGUUCAACAAACGACAGGUCAGUGUGGCCAGUGGUCUACCAAGUCACCAGCAGAUCGAAGCUGGCCGAGCCUGGGCCAAUCUUGGCGAGGCUUAUGAGUGCUUGUUCCGCUACUCUGACGCGGUACCGUGCUACGACAAACUGCUGAGUAUAGCGUCGAUGUGCAGUGAUGACGUGGAGAAGAUGCGUGCACAUGCUGGCCUCGGUCGUUGUCACAGAGAACUAGGCAACACAGACGAAGCCAUGGCGGCAUUUGAACAGCGCCUGCAGAUGGCGCAGGCGUUGCGUGACGUGGUGGCCGAGGUGGAGUGCUACGCCGACCUGGGCCAGGUACAGAAGUCCCUGGGCGACUAUACGCGCGCAGUGGAGUACCACCAGCGCCAGCUCGUGUCGGCUCAGACCAUGGCGGACCUGGAGCGGCAGGGACAGGCCAUGUGCGACCUGGGUGAGGUCUACCAAGAGAUGGGACAGUUCGAGCAGGCGGCCAUGUACCACCGCAAUGACCUGAAGAUCGCCGAAGAGCUGGGCCAUUUGGAUGCUCAGAUGCGAGCUGCUGCCAAUCUGGGCACGGCUUACUUUGCACUGCGGCAGUUUGACGCCGCGCUGAGCUAUCACCGACGACAGCUGAGCAUUGCAGCACAGCUGGGCGAGGAGGAGACUCAAGCGAGUGCCUACAAUGCACUUGGCAUGUGCUACAUCGACAUGAAGCAACCGGCCGAGGCUCUGCAACACCUGCAGAACGGUCUGAAGGCGUCGGCUCACUUACAGGUGACUGGAUUACAAGCUGAAUUGCGUAUGAACUUGGGUCUCGCACUGCAUAUGUCUGGGAAGCAAUCGGAGGCAAAGCGACAGCUGGAGACGGCCAUUGCUCUGUUUGAACGAACAGCUCAGGCCAUCAUAGAGAAAGCUUCAAGUAGUGGUCAGUUGCGCCUAGUCGUGCACUAUCAACAAUUGUCAUUGGAGACACUGCAGCAAGUCCUGGUGUCCCUUGGCGACAAUCACAACGCACUGGCUGUGGCUGAGCAGUGUCGCAUCAAGGCGCAUCAACACAUCCUUCUGGAGAGGCAGGUUCAAAUCCCGACGCUGGUCAAAGCCGGCUUCAUUCACCCGCAGGACAUGACGUUCGCCGACCUGCAAGGCUUGGUGCGUGGACUGGGAUCCUGUGUUCUGUACUACUCCAUAGCCGGCACUAGUCUGUACGCCUGGCUGCUCUCUCCGGACGGACGCGUGCAGAAGUUUCACUCCACCAAGCUGCAGCAAGAUCUACAUAGGUUCGGUGUGUCACAGAGAGCUCUCGAAAGCUCUGGACAAGCCACUGCCACUAACUCAACGUCUGGGAGUCCAUCGCAAGCGGAAUUUGCUGCCGGUUUGGGCACAAACGGCGAAACCAACAGCAACGCAAUGAGCUCGUCCGAGCUGCCGAUACUGGAACGCCUGGUGGCGGAUGCACGCACGAUCACACUGGAAGGUGGUAGCAGCGGCAGUGCGGCGAGCCGCCCCGGAUCCGGUCAGAGCUCCGGGAGCACCAGCGCCACCACGUCGCCACGGGAUACGGCCGCUGCCGCAGCACAGGCGGUGGACAUGAGCAGCGUUAGCAGCGGGGAUACGUCGCCGUUCAAACGACAGUCGAGCGACGAGUCCACGAUGUUCACACGCCGUCGCUCGGCAUCUGUGAAGGUCGGCAGUGCCUCGCCGAAGACGUCCAUUACGCGCAACAAGCUCCGAAGCGUGAACGAAACACUCAACACCGACGGCCAGAGUUACCUCCUCUCACCGUCUCCUCCAGCCGGCGGUGGCUUGCUGGGCGAUCCCAACGGCCGAAGUAACGUUCCAGCGCCGCUGCAAGCCCUCUACGAACUCUUACUCCUGCCCAUGGAGGACGUUUUCGCGGACAUCCUCAGCAGCAGAAACACCGGAGGUGUGUCAGUGACGCCACAGCUCUACGUUGUUAUACACGAUUGCCUUCACCUGGUCCCGUUUGCGUUGCUCCGGGCGGACGAGAAGUCCGACUUUCUUCACCGUCGCUUCAACCUGAUCGGCAUGCCAUUCCUCGGAUACCUGAGGCACGACUUUGGAACGGCGCACUUGCAGCGUGUCAAGGAGAGGGGCUCAUCGCGUGGAGCGGCCAUCGUAGACGGAGGAUAUCCUGCAAGUCGACUUGACACGAGGAGAGCUUCAGGCAGCAGCCCAUCAUCGUUCAGCACCGGCCAUCACUCCGAUAGGACACAGCGAGCUAGUGGUGGCCAGAGCGGCUCGUCAUCCACCAGCGUAUCGUCCUCGCAUCACUCCACACCUCCACCGCCUCCAGCAACAACAACGGCCUCCAGUGCAGCCUCCAACCUGUCCACGUCUCAUGGUAGCGGUGGUGGUGGUGGUGGUGGCGGAAACAGCAGUGGCGGUCAUUACACAAGCACGGCUAGUAGUGGGGGUGGUGGCAGUGGCAGUGGAGGUGGCGGUGGCAGCAAUAAGAACUACCUGGUGAUGAGCAACCCGGCGGUGUCAAACGUCUUCCGUGAUAUGUACUCCUGGCAUGCGCUGCCCGCCGGCGAUGCCGAAACCGGCACCGUUGCCGAGAUCCUGGGAACGCACGCACUCACCGGUGCCAUGGCAACCAAACAGAGGUUUCUCAAGAUGGCGCCAGGCUCGCGACUUGUUCACCUGUGUACGCACGUGUCGUGGAAGCUGUCAACGUUUGUGCUGGGAGCACGGCCGGUACCGUCCUCUGGAAGAGGUGCAGUCAGGGAUGCGAGCGACGGUGACGACUCGUCGGGUACGGACUCCGCCGCCCAGCUGGGUGACGAUCGCAUUGCCGACCUGUCGGAGCUGCUUCUGACACCAGUGGAUGUGCUGCAGAUGAAGCUGGCCAGUGUGCGUGUGGUGGUGCUGGGUGGUUGUCAUUCUACAGGCCUUGGACAGAUUAGUGCAGACGGAAUGAUGGCACUGUGCACCAGCUUCCUGGCUAGUGGCGUGUCGUGUGUGGUCAUGCCAUUAUGGCCCAUUUCACCACAAGCAGGCAAACUGUUCAUGGCUGCGUUCUACAACAGCUUGCUGAGAGGCAGUCGUGCCAGCAGAGCUCUGGGUUAUGCCAUGCACAAGGUUCAAACUUCUCGUCGUCACUGGCACCCCGUCAAUUGGUCCGGGUUUGUGCUGUUCGGUAGGGACACCGUGCUCUACAAUCAAUCUCCACGGCUAGCCGAGGACUUGCGCCAUGUACUGCACACGGAGGAGGAUGGUGGCCGAGGGGCGUUCUAUGUCUUGAGGCAUCUGGUCAAACGUGCACUGACGCGUCUCGACGGCUCCGCCACCUCGCCCAGCAAACCCGUGGUGUCCUGGAGCAGCGUCAAGCAGCGCGUCAACAAAGGACCACCGACGUCGCCGACUGGCGGUGGCGGCGGCAGCCUAUCGACGAGUGUGUGCAGUGUUGCCGACGAGAGCUCCCUGCAGAGCGGCAUCGAGCGGCUAGACUUGACGUCAGAUAAUGGACCCGUGCACAAUGACACGACUUCAGGUGUGACAGCUGGUCAGGAAUGCUGGUGUCGUGUUCUAAGGACAUGUGGGUUCCAUGUUCAGCCGCCGACACCGGAGUAUCCGGCCGGUGCCAUCGUCCUCCCAGAGCACGAUGACUCACGAUUGCUGAAGAAGUGCUUUCUGCAGAUGGACGCCUUCCUGGUCUUGUCCUCUGGCAUGCAGCUCGCCCUAAGCCGAAUGUCCUGUACGCCGACAGCAAGCCAACACCUUCAAGUUAUGCUUCAGCAAUCAGCGGAUUACCUUCAUCAGCGUGCAGCGGUGGCUGAAAACAGCAGCGCUGGCGGCAGCGGUAGACGAUCAUCAUCACCUCCAGUGCAUGCACCGCCACCGCAGCUGCAUCCACCCAGCCUGUCUGUGCCCACGUGGGUACUGCAGCACGCCGGCGUGUCGGAAGUGCUCGAUCAGCUUGGUCUGCUCAUCCACUCGGCCACCGAGCAGGCAACGGGUUUCUCCAUAGCGGCAGCGGCUGAUCGUCGCGUGUUGCACGCCGCAGCGCAGAUCUUCGCCUUUGUGUUCGCUCACGAAGGCUCUGGUGCAGGCCGUAAGUCAUCGUCCGGCGGUCGUGCUGUGACAAGUUGCUAGCACAGUGCUAUGCUAAACCCUGCAUCAAAUUGAACACUGAAUUGUGGUUCAGGAAGUAGUAGGCUGUCAAUGCUGUGACAGGUUGCUAGUACGGUACUCCGCUAAACCCUGCAUCAAACUGAACACUGACUUGUGGUUAAGGAAGAAGUAGGCUGUCAAUGCUGUGACAAGUUGCUAGCACAGUGCUACGCUAAACCCUGCAUCAAACUGAACACUGAAUUGCGGUUCAGGAAGAAGUAGGCUGCCAAUGCUGUGACAGGUUGCUAGUACGGUGCCCCACUAAACCUUCCAUGUAACCGAAGACUGAAUUCGUUUUGGUCCAUGGUGAGAUCGUAUUGUGGAUCAAUGCACUGCUGCGUUAUCACCAGUAGUAUACUGACGUAUCACAGACAUCCAAUGCGGACGUUCUCUCAUGGCUUCUCUGCACUCUCCAGUAUGCGGAAAGAGAGAGAGAGAGAGAGAGAGAGAGAGAGAGAGAGAGAGAGAGAGAGAGGGCAUGAACUUGACGGCAAACAAAAGAGAUUUCCCCGUUUUGAGCUUCAUGCCUCAUGCUGCCUCUUGUGAAAACGUUCACAGCUUCCGACCCGUGAGCGGGGUCCUCCCUGCUGCCGAAUGACUCGUUCUCGUUAUGCAUCAGAACUACCAACAUCGCCAUGCAUUAAGGACAGUACUGUCAACAGGACCUGUAACAUUAUCCUGUUACAUGCCACACUGUGUCUGGAUACAUGUAACACUUCCAAUGGUCAAAGUAGAUAUUUUAAUUUUUAUGACCGCAUCCAAGCUGUAUUUUUUGUUUUGUUUUAACACUUGAGUCACCUAUUCUGUUGAAUACGAUGGAAUUUAUCAACUCUUAGAAAGUUUGAGUGCUUUGCAAACCCUAGAGAGCCUGUUGCAGAAGCCUUAGUUUUAUUCUAUUUCUUUAUACCCAGGCGUGUUGCCACGCGUCACACAUUAGGCUGUUGGCAUUGUAUUUAUUGCUACGA